AUGACUGAUCACAACGUAAAAUCAGAUACACAGGGCGAUGGAGGUGAUGUGAUAGAUUGCAUUGACAUCUAUAAGCAGCCUGCUCUUAGUCAUCCACUUCUCAGAAAUCAUACUAUAGAGAUGAUACCGCCUCCGUAUCCAAAUGAAAAUGAAACAAACAGUUCUCAUCAAGAUGACGAGCAAGUACUGCAGUCCUGGUUAUCACAGGAAGAGUGCCCCGAAGGAACAAUCCCCAUACUUCGAACUCAGGCUUUCAAUAGUUCUACUCCCAAAUCUAGCCCACCGUUCAAUAUCACCGACGUUCAGUUCACUCCUGCAUCUGGUCAUGAGUACGCCACAGUUAAUCUUUUAGGCGGCCAAUACUACGGAGCACACGCAUCUUUGAACGUAUGGAGCCCUUUAUCAGAAUUUGAGGAGAAUAGUAUAUCCCAGAUAUGGAUUGCAGGAGGUCAUGGACAAGCACGAAGUACUGUUGAAGCUGGCUGGAAAAUUAAUUCGGCUGACAAGCAAACGAGGUUUUUCAUAUUCUGGACAGGCCAUAAUUACAAAGAUGGUUGCUACAAUCUUGAGUGUUCUGGUUUCGUCCAAGUAAACAGAAAGUUUGCCAUAGGUUUACCUAUAAAACCUGUCUCAACCUACAACGGAAAGCAAGUUGAGAUAUUCCUAAGCAUAUACAAGCACCAAUCGGUUGGACAAUGGUGGCUUAUGGUGCAAGAUCAAGCAUUAGGAUACUGGCCAGAUAAAAUCUUACCUAGUCUGAAAGGCAGUGCCGAUACGGUGACCUGGGGUGGUGAGAUCUAUAACUCAGAACCUGGCGGUCGUCACACAUCAACUCAGAUGGGGAGUGGUCAUUACCCUAGUGAAGGCUAUGGCAAAGCAAGCUAUUUUCGAAAUAUCCAGUACUUGGCCAACUCUGGAAAAUUUGUAGAUGCAGACGAGCUUAUCACAUAUGUCACAAAGCCUCCAUGCUACAAUCUUAUCAUGCAAAAUAAAGCCACGGGAUUUGGAACUCAUUUCUAUUAUGGGGGAUCUGGAUAUUCAGCAAGAUGCCCUAAAUAG